AAACGAGGCGCCUGAGACGUAAACCUCGCAACAUGGCGACUCUCUGGAGUGAGUACGAAUACUGGAGACACUACCGUUUUUAAACCAGAAAAUAGGCAGUAAACCGUACGCUACAAUGUGGUGGGGUUAGCCGACACCACUGUCCAAACAGCACUUUAAGCGAUGCUUGCAGAGGUAAGUGCUUGCGCUACACAGCGGAUGAAGAAUGCCCACUAGUUAGAUUCUCCCGUGUUGUAUGUGACAGCUAGCUGGCGGCUAGCUGCGCCUAGCCGCAGCCCCACAGGUAAACACACCCGGGCAGGGCGGCUCACGGCGGGCAGGGCGGCUCGCCGCAGACAGGCGGCUCUUCUCGUUUCAAAAACAGCAUCAGCUAAGUGUCACUCAAGCCAGGAUUACACAGCUAAUGCGAAGAGCCCGACGAGCCCGCACUGUCAAACCCUGUGCUUGGAUUAGCUCAUGUUGAAGCAAUGUCAAUGAUAUGCGCUUAGAUGAUAUGAAUAACAAAGCCAUUACAAAAAGAAGACUUUCGGUAUCACCACAAAUUAAGGCCAGUCUGUCCAUCGGGGGAUGGGGGGGUCUCGGGGUGGUGCUGUUCCUCAUCACCUUCGGACCCUUUGCCAUAUUCUACCUGGCCUUCUACAUCCUCUGCUUCAUUGGAGGCGGCUUCGCGGUGACCCUGCUCUAUGGGAAGAUCAACUCAGAGAAGCACCUGGAGAGGAGCGAGCACUCCUACCUGCCCCCCAUGCAGACGGGCAUCCAGAAGGUCAACACCCCUUCAUGUACCUUGGAUGAGUUUAAGCUGGACCUGAAGCCUAUCAAGAUUGACAGGAGGUUGACGGGCUCCAGUUUCAUAGAUGAGCCACUCCAACAGGUGAUUCAGUAUGCAUUGAGAGACUACAUCCAGUACUGGUACUACACCCUGAGUGAGGAUGAAUCCUUCCUGCUGGAGAUCAGGCAGACUCUGCAAAACGCCCUGGUCCAGUUCUCUACACGGUCCAAGGAGGUGGACUGGCAGCCUUACUUUACUACCCGCCUGGUGGACGACUUCGCCACUCACCUGCGCGUCUUCAGGAAAGCCCAGGACCGGCUGGGGGACCGAGAGGACAAGCAGAGGGACAUGACGGACGAGCUGGUGGACUCGUUCUUCGAGGCGGAGGUGGAGCUGGAGAGGAAGAUUUGCCGAGACGUGGUGUGCACGUCGCGCAAAGACGAAGAGGGUUUCCUGCGGGACCUGUGUGAAGUGCUGCUCUAUCUGCUACUACCUCCCGGAGACUUCCACAACAAGAACAUGAGAUACUUCCUGCGGGAGGUGCUGGCACGGGGCGUUCUCCUGCCCCUCAUCAACCAGCUGAGUGACCCCGACUACAUCAAUCAGUUUGUCAUCUGGAUGAUCCGUGACUCCAGCUGUAACUACGAGGCGUUCAUGAACAUCCUUAGGCUGACCGACCGCCCGCCAGAGCUGGAGGCCGUCAAGGACAAGGUGCUGGAGGAGCUGCAGUACCUCCGCUCCCUGGACACGGCUGGAGACGACAUCAACGUGAUUAAGAAUCAGAUCAACAGUCUGCUGUUUGUGAGGAAGAUCUGUGAGACCAGGAUACAGAGGCUACAAUCCGGCAAGGAAGUAGAUGCACUGAAGCUGGCCGCCAACUUUGGGAAGCUGUGCAUCAUUCCCUUGGAUCACAUCCUGGUGCACAACAUAGCUCUGCAGUUCUUUAUGGACUACAUGCAGGCGGUGGGAGCGCAGGCGGAGCUGUUCUUCUGGCUGACGGUGGAGGGCUACCGGGUGACGGCGCAGCAGCAGCUGGAGGUGAUGCAUGCCUGGCAGCGCGACGGCAAGAAGCAAACCAGCAGCACUACAAAGGGCUUGCUGAAGGCAGCUGCGCAGGGCGUGUUCGAGCAGUACCUCUCGGAGAAGGCCUCCCCAAGGGUGCAGGUGGACGAGGCCUUUGUGAUCAAACUGGGGGAGAAGCUGCUGAAGGAGGACCCCACGGCGGAAAUCUUUGAUGAGGUCCAGAGAAAGGUGUACGACAUGAUGCUGCGUGAUGAGCGCUACUACCCGUCCUUCAAGCAGAGCCCGCUGUACGUGCGCAUGCUGGCCGAACUGGACAUGCUGAAGGAGCCCAGCUACCGGGGCUCGGACGACGGCGACGGAGAAUCCUUCAACGGCUCGCCCACGGGAAGCAUUAACCUGUCUUUGGAUGACCUGUCCAACUCCUGCCAUGAUGACACUAUGCAAAUCCAUGCCUUCAUCUCUGAUACAGCUGAUCCUCCUCUCCCUGGCUUCUGGGGUGCCUCAGGGGUGUGCAACGACCACGGCAAGACGUACGCGCUGUACGCCAUAACCGUGUUCCGCCGCAACAACGACGGCAGCGAGGACUGCUGGAAGACCUACCGGCGCUACUCCGACUUCCACGACUUCCACAUGAGGAUCACCGAGCAGUGUUCGCUGCAGUACGAGAACCUGACGUCUAUCCUGCGGCUGCCUGGGAAGAAGACAUUCAACAACAUGGACCGGGACUUCCUGGAGAAGAGGAAAAAGGACCUCAACGCUUACCUCCAGUUACUGAUAAACCCAGAGAUGGUGAAAGCCUGCCCUACUCUGCUGCCUCACGUCUACGACUUCCUAGAGAACAAGGCCUACAACAAGGGCAAAGGAGACUUCGCACGCAAGAUGGACACGUUUGUGAACCCGCUGCGGAGCUCCAUGAGGAACGUGUCCAACGUGGUGAAGGCCUUACCCGACAGCCUGGCCGAGGGAAUGAACAAGGUCUCCGACAACAUGGGACGCAUGUCGGAGCGUCUGGGCCAGGACAUCAAGCAGUCCAUAUUCAAGGUCCCUCCACUUCUCCCCAAGUCGGAUAUCGACCCCGAGCACUGCCGCGUGCUGGCCCAGCUCGACGACAACGUGGACGACAACAUCCCUCUGCGCGUGAUGCUGCUGCUGAUGGACGAGGUGUUUGACCUGAAGGAGAAAAACCAGUGGCUGCGAAGGAACAUCAAGAACCUGCUGCAGCAGCUCAUCAGGGCCACGUAUGGAGACACCAUCAACAGGAAGAUCGUGGACCACGUGGACUUCAUGACCUCACCGGAGCAAGUAGCAGACUACGUCAAGAAGUUCAGGGACUCUUACUGGCCCAACGGGAUCCUGGCAGAGAGCCCGCCCACCCGGGACAAGGGGACCCGCAUGAGGACCCGUGUCGCGGCAAAGACCAACCUGCUGGGCAUCAUGCCAGACGAGCUUAAGCACAUCAUCGGCGCAGAUACCACCCGGAAAGGCAUCCUGCGCGUCUUCGACAUGUUCCAGCACCAGCCCAUGAACCGCCGGCUGGUCUACGUCUUCCUGGAGAGCUUCCUUGAGACCAUGUUCCCGCAGUACAAGUUCCCUGAGCUCUUUGUCAAGCUGCACUCACGAUCGCCCCGCACCCACCGCUACAGCCAGAAACUUAAGAGCACCGCCCUCAAGAGGUGACAGGAGAGAGGUGGAGAUGGACGGGUGGAUGGGCCACCGGGCAGCAGAAUCCCAAGGCGUGGAGGCGUACGAGAUGGGCACGUCGCAAGCGUGCACAUGUAGACCACCACCAUAAACAAACACAGAUAUACUCGAGAAUAACCACGAUGAAGAUUGAAGCGAUUGGGGGAAGCGAGGUGUGUGUGUGUGUGUGUGUGUGUGUGUGUGUGUGUGUGUGUGUGUGUGUGUGUGUGUGUGUGUGUGUGUGUGUGUGUGUGUGUGUGUGUGUGUGUGUGUGUGUGUGUGUGUGUGUGUGUGUGUGUGUGUCCAUUCUCUGGACCUCUCUUGGUCUCCCAUCGACACUCCCCACCAUGGUUCUUCACUCCAUCCGGCUGAGACUUUAGAAAGACUGAAAUGAACGGGAACAAGUCGACACUCGCACACUGCCCUCCUGACACACAAACACGAACAUGUUUGUAUGAUCUUCUGUUUGGACCUUUUAUUUAGGUGUUUAGCUUUAGCUGGCCCAGGCCGUGCCGAGCCCCCCUUCCUUGUCCAGAGAGCAGACCACAUACUGUCGAUGUUGGACGGUUGGUUUCUAACCUGCAGUGUAGCCCGCAUUGACCCUCACCUUGCCUUACCCUCCUGCUUCUCUCGGCUUGCAUAUAGACGGAUUGAGCUCUCAUUCAUUUGUUUGACCUUUGUGUUGAGGAAGAUUGAGCGAAUAAUCACUUGGGUAUUAGAUAAUUGUGUAUAUUACAUAAUCGCAUAUUUAGAAAACUGAUUUUGUCAGUUGCACUGGUUCAAAAGGACACGUCUUGUUUUUUAAUGUGACUAAACUCUCUGCAUCAACCUAAUUCUAAAGAGUUAGUCAAAGGCUUCCAGGCCUUUCCAGACUGUAAGAAUGCCCCAUUCAACACUACUGUCAAACUAACAAAGCACCUGCGCACACACACUCACCUGCAUACACACGCACACAAGCAGACGAUACUCCAAACACUACUGUGCUCCAUAUCAGUUUUCAUGUGGGGUUAAUAGGUUAAUCCACGAUGCACUGUUCACCUUUAACCCUUUCCAUUAAAAGGGUUAAAUCUAUACUGUGGUGUUGGCGGCCCUCUGGCUUUGAAAAGUGUACUACUUUAGUAUAAUGUUUAAGAGAAUGUACUUUGGUCUGGUCUGUACUUUGUUCAUUGAGAGCGUUGUGUGUCUGUAUGAACGUGCGUGCGUGUACGUUUGUAGCAUGAUGAACUCUUUUCAGUCCGAAACUGUGCCAGUGUAUGCUAGUGAGCCAGCCUUAAAACACUUUAUUAUAUUAGUGACCAAGACGUAGCUCUCCUUGACACGCACACGCACACGCACACACACACAAAUGGAGUGAUGCAAGGAAACAGAUUUAUCCCUAAUUAAUCACUUUUUUUUUGUGCAAUAUUUUUCUUCAGUGCAUGUAUAUUUGAAUGAUUGGGUACUGAAAAAAAGUUUGAGCAUACUUCUAGAGAUUAGCAGGUCAAAAGUAAAUCAAAUCAAACAAUCAAUCCAACAACUUACAUUCCGUUGUUGUAAAAGGACUUCUUUAAUUAACCGACCUGUAACUAUGUUUUUAUGGUUUUUACUUUGAGUUUUGUUUUUAUUUUUUGGGGGGGUUACAUGACUAGCUCUUAAGCCAAGGCCAGACUUGGCCUAGAACAAAUUUACUAGAUGUUCAGUGAGAUGUGGCUACCUGUCAGAGGCGCUCUCCUCCAAUGGAAUCGCAGGAAUGACACUUCCUAUGACCUCAUUGAAUCGCUGCUUAAAGCAGCACAGGAGGGAGUAGUGGGCAGGAUGUGUGACUACCUGCCUAGACUGUACCGGAACCCUCCCUACCCAUCUGCUGGGAUCGGCUUGCACUGAGCAGCCCUGUUGGACUUUAAUUGGCUUGAGACGAAGAGAACUUUUGAACCUCUUGCCCUUUAAGAGCUGAAUAUCUGUCCCCAUACUCGAUGCAGUGACUUCCCCUUUGUGUCCCUGUCUGUCCAUAAAUGAACUUGUCAUGCUUUUGUUUUUUAAAUUCCCAAUGUAUAUGAAUCUAUGAUGAUAAAAAAAGUGUGCAUAUAUGUACAGUAUGUGUUAAUAGUGUGCCUAAAUGUACUGUCAAUUCUAUUUUCAUAUUUUUCCUUAUCUACAAAAAAAUUAAUCAGUCAUGGUAAUUUUAAGCGACUGAAGAGGAUUUAAGGGUGUUUGUUUUUUUUCCGCAUCAUGCAUAUCAAACUGCUACUUUUGGUGCAGCCGUGCUCAGAUCAGUAUAACACUAAUAAAACAGUAACUGAGACUAACUGACCAAUUGAGUGUUUCAUAUGUACUCUGUAAGGGCUGUAUGUACAUCAAGAACAGACUUUGCGUAUUGCUUGGUGAUAUGCAAGCAUCAACUAUUCUGUAUUACAGUUUUGAGGGGUAUUCCAUCAAAGUCGCUAACGA